AUGAAGUCUCUCUCCAGCCUCACCUCCCUCAUGAAGUCUCUCUCCAGCCUCACCUCCCUCAUGAAGUCUCUCUCCAGCCUCACCUCCCUCAUGAAGUCUCUCUCCAGCCUCACCUCCCUCAUGAAGUCUCUCUCCCCCCCUCACCUCCCUCAUGAAGUCUCUCUCCCGCUUCACCUCCCUCAUGAAGUCUCUCUACCCCCUCCCCUCCCCCAUGAAGUCUCCCUCCCGCCUCACCUCCCUCAUGAAGUCUGUCUCCCGCCUCACCUCCCUCAUGAAGUCCCCCCCCUAACCUCCCUCAUGAAGUCUCUCUCCCGCCUCACCUCCCUCAUGAAGUCUGUCUCCAGCCUCACCUCCCUCAUGAAGUCUCUCUCCAGCCUCACCUCCCUCAUGAAGUCUCUCUCCAGCCUCACCUCCCUCAUGAAGUCUCUCUCCCCCCUCACCUCCCUCAUGAAGUCUCUCUCCAGCCUCACCUCCCUCAUGAAGUAUCUCUCCAGCCUCACCUCCCUCAUGAAGUCUCUCUACCCCCUCCCCUCCCCCAUGAAGUCUCCCUCCCGCCUCACCUCCCUCAUGAAGUCUGUCUCCCGCCUCACCUCCCUCAUGAAGUCCCCCCCCCCUAACCUCCCUCAUGAAGUCUCUCUCCCACCUCACCUCCCUCAUGAAGUCUCUCUCCAGCCCCACCUCCCUCAUGAAGUCUCUCUCCAGCCUCACCUCCCUCAUGAAGUCCCCCCCCCCUCACCUCCCUCAUGA